AUGCCUAAGUGGGAAGAGAUCAGAGAGGACCUGUUUGAGGCUGUCAUGCAGGUGCACCCGGCCAUGAACAAGGAACAGCAGGCCGACGUCGUGAGAAUCAUGCGCUCCAAGGGGCAUGAGAUGGGCUGGAACGCCAUUCGCGUAUCACAGCGAGUCAGAUAUACCGCAGACACCAUGCCGAGAACCUUGCAAAAUUGGGAUUCCGAGACGCACGAGGCUGUGCUCUUGGCCCUAAUCGAGCACAUGAGGCCUAAUGGCAGCGACUGGAGUGCGGUGGUGGCUUCUCUGCAUCAGAAGGGCUACACGUUCACUGAGGGGGCUCUAGUGUAG